UAACUGCCCUCUCUGUUCCCUGGCUCUCUUUCCCUGGAGAACUCUGCCCAGACCAGCCCACCCCAGGGGUCUGGGCACCCACUGUCAUUUGCUCAUCUGCCUUCUCAGAUCUCUGCCUCUGGGGUAAGGGUCCAAGGGCAAGUCCAACAACAACCUGUGUCCAUGAGCACUACUUCUCUCUGGGGUCCUUCCUUGUUUCUUUGCCUUUGUGAGUACUGGAGGCGGAGCCUCUGGCUGGCUAAGGAGCCCCGCCUCUGCUUCCAUCCAAUCACGUUCCCUGCCUCCGGGGGUUGGGCCAUCGGCUUCUCUCUGAGCUGCUAGCUCCAGCACUAGGCUCCCAGCCAGGGACGAUGCGCUGCUGCCGACGCUGCUGCUGCUGCUGGUGCUGCUGCCGCCACUGCCGGCGGCCACACCGUGCCCUGAAGCUGUUGCUGUUGCUGCCACUUGUCCUCGUACCUCCCCUAGCAGCAGCCACAGAGGGCCCAAACCGCUGUGACACCAUAUACCAGGGCUUUGCUGAGUGUCUCAUCCGCUUGGGAGACGGCAUGGGCCAAGGAGGCGAGCUGGAGACUGUUUGCAGAUCCUGGAAUGACUUCCAUGCCUGUGCCUCACAAGUCCUGUCUGGCUGCCCAGAGGAGGCGGCUGCUGUGUGGGAGUCACUACAGCAAGAAGCUCGCCGGGCCCCACACCCAAAUAACUUACACACUCUGUGCAGUGCCCCAGUGCGUGUCUGGGAGCACGGUGCAGGCUCGGAGACCAAUCAGGAGACCCUGCGGGCGACAGCGCCUACAUCCGUCCCAGCCCCAGCACCCCCACUGCUGGCCGCUGCUCUGGCGCUUGCUUGCCUCCUGGGGCCUCUGGCCUAG